AUGGGUGAUAGUGAAACAGUUAUUGCUCAAUCAUCAGCUAUCCAAGAGCAUCCAUCAACUACAGUUAAUAGAGAUUUGGCUGCUUCUACAGGUAUCGAUACCAUGGAUGUAGUCAAUGUCAUACCUGAUGAGGAUGAUCAAGCAUCCAUCCAGGGAUGUGCACCAAAAUUAAAUUUAUUUACUACUAGUGGAAUUCAAGAUAUGUACAGGAGUGUCUGUUGCCUUUAUAAUUGGUACAGUGCUAACAUGGAGGACCUUGGCAUUGACAGUGUUCUGUUUGCAGGAUUAAUCCCUUGUGCUGUUCUAUUGGUGGGACUUUUCUUUGUACCAGAAUCUCCUAGAUGGUUGUGUACAAAAGAAACUCAUCGCCUUGUGGACUGUGAAACUGUGUCCAAGUGGAUUAUGAAGAAAAGUGCAGAGUCUGAAAAUAUGUAUUGGUAA